AUGGCGUUUAAGUACCUGAAAUGCUAUGUUCCUGGCAUUUUGUCUGCGGUGGCCAGUGGCAGGCAAAUUCAGAAUACGCACACGGGGCUGGAUUUGUCAGUGCCGGAAUACCAGGAAAUCCGUGGGAGGAUGAUGUCUGGCCAUGUAGAGUAUCACAUUGUCGUUGUUACCCGACUGGCUGCCUUCAAAUCAGCAAAGCACAAGCCUGAAGAUGUAGUUCAAUUUAUGGUUUCCAAGAAGUACAGCGAGAUAGAGGAGCUCUACCAGAGACUGGCGGCACGAUAUCCACAGGCUUCUCUUCCACUCUUGCCUAGAAAAGUUCUCUUCGUGGGGGAAUCUGACAUCUGUGAACGAAGAGCUAUGUUCAAUGAUAUCAUGAAAUUCAUCUCAAAAGAUGAGGAUCUAGCAACGAGUCCUGAGUUACUGGAAUUUUUAGGAACAAAAUCUACUAGUGCCAUUGACUUCAAGGGUAAAAACAUUCCUGAUGACAAGGAGAAAGAAGAUGAAGAAAAUGAGGCAUUGGAUUUUUUCAAAGAGGAGAAUACACCUGACUUAAUCUCACAGCUUUCAUCAGUGGAAAAUGCCAAAAAAGGGGAGCAAAAAGAAGAGGAAGAGGAGGAAGAAGAUUUAGAUCCUCUUGGUAUAAUCAGAACUAAAAAAACAAAGAAGGCAUCUGCUCCUCCAACCAAGGAAGAGAAGCCCAAAUUAACCAUUUUUGAAGAGGAAGUAGAUCCAGAUGAAGGAGUCUUUGGCCCAGAAAAAAAUUUCUCAUCAAUUGGUCCCAGGAAGAAGAUGAAAGAGAAUCUGAAAUUAUUUGAAGAUCCAGACCUUGGUGGGGUGGUAAGACUGGGUGACUCACUACUGCUGCCAGCUGCCUGUAAGAACAGGGAGUAUGUGCUGAACACAGGUCCUGAGGAGGACACUGAGAAACUGCUGAGAGUUGAAGAUGAUUUAGAGAAACUCUUGAAAGUAACCUCCAAACCGAAACCUAAGGUACCAUCAAAACCACCAUUGCCUCAGAAGCCAGCAGUUGCCCCCAGGAGCACUAAUUCAUCUCUACUGGCAAAGCCAAAGGAAAACAGGAUUCAGACAAUGAAUGAACUGGACAUUCUCCAGUAUAUCCAGGAAAAUGAAUCUAUCAACAACCAAGAUACAAGUCUUUUUUGAACAUACAUAUUUUUAAAAUUUAAUGAUGCCUUCUUGGCCUAAACUCCCAGUAAGCUCAAGUGACAGUAGCAAGAAUUGACCAGAUCUCUUUACUAUCACAGUGCUCAUUUGUGUACCGUCAUAUAGAGAGCAGCAAGUUUGACUAGCAGAGGCUUGACACGAUGUUUUCAAAACAGUGCAGUUGUGGUAUAAUGUUGCCUUAGAUUUUCAGGGUUUUACAGGGAAUGUGGACAAGGACAUAGCACUACAGAUUGUCUACUACUAUUUUAGUAUCAACAUAGUACAGUUUCAGCCAGUUUAGUCCUGAUUGAAAAUGGUAAGCGUAUUGCACACAACAACUUUAAAUAGUUUCCAACAAAUGGUCUGAGGCAGGACAGGUUGCUGUUCCUGCAUUUUAGACAGUGUUUCAGCUCACUGGAAAGGUAAUUUUCCUUUUAUCCUGUGCAUUUUUGUAGCAGCCCUUUCCUCCCUGACUGGUAUUUCAGUAAUUUAUAACCAGGAACUGUUAAGUAUAGGUAACAGUUCCUCUGUAGUUCAGAGAAACACUGAAAUCCCAGCUAAGCCUGACAAUCUGCUGCCUUUGUUGUUGCGCAAAUGCCAGCUUGUAAGAGAACUUGUAGGACUGCAAACACUAGACGCUAUGCAUCUCUGGCCCCUGGGGAGAAUAGCAAAUGACUGAAGAUGGCUAAGAGUGCAGCUCCAGACAUAUGCGGAGGUUGCAGUGUGUAGGAGGUUCGGAUGCUGUAGGACUGUUGUGAACCUACUCAAGAUUCACAAGGGCUAAUUUUUUCCAGCCAAGUCUUCCUGGGCUUCCACUGUAGUUAGUGGAGAGAAAGAGAUUUCUCCGGAAGGUGAUUCAGUGCAGGUGUCCUAAUGGAGGAACUCUGAAUUGCUCUCUGGAGUCACUCUCUCUUUCUCCUUCCCUUCUCCCAGAACUUAAAGAAGAAGCCAUGGUGAUUAAUUCCACUAAGCUAAAAUGAGUUUUUUGAUAAAACUGGUCUGUUCAUUACUAUAGCAGUGGUUAAAACAAGGGAGGACAAACUUGGGAUUAUCCAGAGGAAAAAAUAGGAAGAAAAUAUACUGGAGAAAUUUUAAUAUGCAGGAAAAGAAAAACAUGGUAGAACAGGCAUCCCAGACUACCCCUCUUCUUCCCUAGCUCAGGCACUCUGGUUGAACAUGCUGAAUUUACAUCUAAUGUGGGUUGAUAACCUGCUGUCAUGUAGAAAGAGAUUCCUGAACUCAUUCCGUGUGUGUGAAGACAAGCUCCUCAGAGGGAAAAUAUUAAUAUGUUUAAGCCAUAUCACUAUCCCCAAAUUUGCCUUCCUAAUAUAGAACAAAUAAAUAGAAAGCGUUAUAUAUAUAUUUUUAAUAAUGAAAUUAUCUCUAUUAGUAUUUCCUUUUUAAGCCAAUGGAAAAUAUAAUAAAGGUAUUUUGGUUUGAUGGGCUCUCGUCUAUGUACAGUAUGUUUCAGUAUAAUAAAACAUUUUGCUAACC